AUGUCCUCGAUCUCUCACUUCGCCUCCUCGCUAUGGCAAUCCACCAGCGCCGGUAUGGUGGACUUCGGAGCCGGCGCUGCUAUGCACAUGUCGGUUGCUGCAAGUGCGAUGGCCGAUUUCAGUCGGCGCUUCCCUUGCCCGAAGACACGGUGGCAAUUCUUCGUCUUAAGCCCACUCUAUGUCUUCCCCGUUCUGGCGAUGAUCUUGUCUUUCGUCCCUGAACAACCCAGGGCUGCAAGCGAUUUCGUCUACCACGGGUCUCCGAUCGCGACAAACCCCAUUUCUAAACCAAUUCGACACCGCCAUGGAGAAUUUUACCGUGUCCUUGUGUAUUUUGCGGCAGGUGAUAUGCUCUUCAACGACGUCGUGCCCGGCAACUUCUUCUCCGAUGGCGCAGUGAAGGAAGACGUUCCCGGCAUGACAGAGGAGAACCCCAUAUUGAUGCCAUCUUUUGUCACUGUAUUCGAUCUUGAGAACCUGUUCAAGGUGCUGAAAGUUGGACCGUCGGGUAAUCGCUUCGAAGGCAGUCAUAGUCGUGAUACUUGGGAAUCAAUCCUGAAGCUCUCCGCGUUCCCUCCUUUCAACGAAUGGAAGCUCCGAGAGCUCGCCAUCGUUGAGAUCGAGGACGCAUUCGUGAAGGAUGCUGUUCCUGCGGCGGAUCGUCUUGCGCUCGGGCAGCGACUGCGGGUCGCGCCUUGGGUGAUGUGUGCGGCAGAAGAAUUGGCUCGUCGCGACGAGCCACUGUCUGAAGACGAACGUGGGACGUUGGGCGACAAGACGUCGCUCAAGAUCAUCAUCAUCAACCUGCGGAGCAGAGUCUGGAAGGAUGAUCUCCCUCAGCGAGAUCGCUCGAUGUAUAAUUUUUGGGAUGCUGUGGUCAAGGAGUUUGAAGACGAGUUGGGUGAUUUCAAGACGCAGACGCCCUGGAACGAGUACAUAUGUGCCUCCACUGCCGCCAGACAGGACCACUUCUGA